AUGCGUUCCUUACUCGCCUUUUUCGCCUUAGCUGUCUCGGCCGGUGCUUCUGCUCUUGUUUUUCCAGCGGGUAAACCUGCGUGCAUAGCAGAGUACUGUGCUGGGAACUUCCCCGACGUCGUGCAGCCCCCUGCUCCCACCCCAUCUGUUCCCUCUCUUCUAGAUGCCUUGACGAACGCCGAAAGGCUAGUUCGCGGUAUGCCCUUGAAGGCUCCGGUACGCAGGAGGAGUGAUUUCGUCCGCCGCUCGACGCCUUCCUCUGUCCCCGUCGUUCAAGUCGUAAAGACCGUAACCAAACGCGGAGUUAUCGAGGUCAAAAACAGCACGGGAGACUGUCUUGGUUAUACUUCCAAGAAUUCUCUGAGCAAAGCCCAGCUCCAAUUUUCCUUUAUCUAUCGGGAAUUGCCCACCCGGAAUGUCCGUCUCCUUUGCCACUCGUGGCUUGCACGUUGUAUCUCAUCUCGAUUUGUCACAGCCGUCGCUGGCGCGGUCCCGGCUAACAUCUUCAACGUCUACACUAAUGUGACGACUUUGGUUCGAGCAGCAGAGUCCGAUGUUUGGACCAUCGACCUCACUACAAGCAACCUCAACCCUCAAUGGAUCAAUUCCAAUGGCUAUACUCUCCACCACAGCAAAACUCUUGAUUUCAACCACCACGACGUUGUCGAUAACAUCGCCAUGUUCACUACACCUGCACUCAUUUGCUACUCUCGCGACCUUCAAGAAGCCACCCCGACCGAAUCCAAGCUGAGGAUUCACGAGUUGUCUGGCAGAACUGCCCAUCGUAAACGCGACGAGUCGACGUUCAUCCCCAGAUCGACGAUCUGCUCUCGCAAGGAACAUCCUGAACGCUCGAAGGACCUAAUGAGUGGAAACAAUCGUAUUGAAUUUUCGCAAUGUUGCGCAUACAAGCGGACAAGAGGAGUGAGGGAGGGCCUAGGUGUUGUCACGUAUGCUUGGACUCGAUUCAACGGGGGCUGUUUGAGCCAAGAUUGCCCUUUGCCCGCUCUCUCACUCAGCACACGACGAUCAAGCACCCAGAGCAGAGCCCGACCCCCACUCCUCCGUCUGUCAGAUGAGAUCCUCGAUGAUCUUGCAUCAGAGCUCGAUCUCCACGAGGACCUCAUCAACUUCGCUUUGGACAUGCUUGUGCCAACAUCGUCAUACCCCGUCAUACCCAAUAUCGAACCACCCGCGUCUGCAACGCCGGCUUCCAGCUAUGGGCGCACCUCGCAAGACAAGCUGACAUCGCCCGCAAUAUCCGCGAGGUGCAUAUAUGCGAACGGCACAACUACACAGCGCCUGAUCGUGUUCAGUUGGUGUUGGAAUACGACGGGCCCACAGCAGCGGAGCAAGCCAACGGUUCUUACUGACCACGGGGAUGCGAUUCUUGAUAUCGUUCGCCAAAAGCCUACGUUGAAGCACCUUGGGCUUUCGGGGUGCUUCGCCAAUCACGUUCAAAGUUCCAACGUCGACCGCACCAGCAUGUCAUACCCGCUAUGGAAUAUAUCCAACCUGACUGCCUUAUGCCUACUCGGAGACGCUUGGGUAAAGUCGGGAAACGCUGCGCACGUUAGCCACAUGUUUGAGCUAUCACCAGGGCUUGAGUACCUGGAAAUCCCCCUCGAAUUUCAUAACCUCGCGAAAUGCAGGUUCCCCUGCCUCAAGAAGCUGAAAUUGUCGCUCCAAUCUGGCGCUACGUCUUCAAUUGACGAGUCACGUGCACGAUUCCUGGAGAACCAUCCAACGAUUGAGGAGCUGACUUGGUUCCCGAUCGGCAUUCCCAACCUCGCUCCUGGUAGCUUGCCCAUCUUGAAGCGCCUCAGGACGAGCCUUCAGGUGGUCAUCGCGCUUGAUCAGCUUUCCCAAGAUCAUGUUAUACCGGUCGAGAAACUCGUUGAUCAGGUUUCACCACAACGACUAACGCUUCCAAUGCCAACCCCAGAUCCCCCAGUCCUCUGCCCGUUGGAAUGUCUCGACGUGCGUUCCGUCGACGCUCAGACCCUGGCAAGCUUCAAGACAUUCGAUCGGAUGAGUCUUCGUAGACUCAGAUUACACAUGCUGGGGGAUCUGCACUCAAUCCACCAGCUCGCAGAGUUCUUCCCCAACAUCACUUGGCUUUCCUUGCCUGCCGUUCACCUCCCUAAAGAUGCCAUCCAUCCAGCUAAUGAAGAAUGGUUCUCCAUUCUAUCUCUCUUCCCCAACCUCGAGGUAUUCCGCGGUCGGGGGCUAUGGACUGCCGUCGAUUCAAAGAAGGAAAAGAUGCCCACGGCUAUCAUGCAGCUUGUCCAACUCUGCCCAAAGCUGCGUGAGCUCGAUCACUGUGAUUUCUACGAGAAACACUUUGCGUGGAGGAGAAUUGCUAUUAUUAGGGAGGGCGAAUUUGGUGAGAGGGUGAGGUAUGAAGUGAGGAAACCGCCGGCAAAGGGCGUCUUUGAUGUCACCGAUGGGGCUUUUGAUUAA